GCCACUGCCCUCCCGCCCCCUCCCCCGCCGUCCCCUCCGUCCCCGCCAUGCUCCAGACGCUGUCUGACGCCCUCCCCCUCGCCCGCGACGACCCCUUCUGCAUCUCCAAGCACCCCGCGAGCGGCCCUCUCUACCUCCAGCAGCCCUCGCUCGAGAUCAUCCAGCUCACAGAGGUCCCUCCGCCCCCGCGACACCAGUACACCCUCCCCGCCAGCUCCUUUAUCUCCUCCUCCUAUGUGUCCUCCUCGUCCUCGAGCAGCGACGAGACGGAGGACGAGACCGCGUGCUCGUCCUACUGUUCCUCCGACCCGGAGGAAGAAACAACUCGGGUGUCCGUGCCGGACGAGACGUACAAGACGCGUCUGCACCGUGUCCUCGUAUGGAGAGAGAAGCUGGUGAAGGCGCUGGGUGCACCGUCCACAGCGCCGCCACCCGCUCCUUCCGCACAACUCAAGCGGAAAGCCGAUGACGAGGAGCCGGAGUCGGACGACGACACUGCAUCCCAUUCGUCGAAGCGGUCGCGCUCGAGUGCCUACCGGUCACAUGCGCCGUGGCCGCAUAGCACUGCGAGUGCCCACUCCUGCCCCGCAUGCGACGCGUCCUUUACCACGCGGCAGAGCCUCCAGCUACACGCGUCGGAACCUUCUCCCAACGACGCGUGUCGAGCCGCGGUAGAGUACGACUUCGAGGGAUGACCCUCGCCGCGCCGCCACGCUCCCCGUCCCAUCUUCGUGUGCCCGUAUACCCGCAUCACGGCACGGAUCCUCGCAUCGCUUCCUGCAUUGAAGCCGUUCUCGG